AUGGCAGCUACUCUACAAUACGCGAAGCAAUUCAGUUGGUCUAAAAUAACAGGUGGCAAAACAUCGCAGUUUCGUCCGAUCUCAUCAUCAGCAUCCGACGAAGACGAGCGCGGUUCGACUGAAGGGCUACUCGAAAAAGGUUCAACAGAGGAACCAACCUCCACUCCUCCUAAAUCACCAUGGCGUGAACCAGCAUUCUUGUUUUGCCACGGGGCGCUAUUUGCGUUUUACCUGCUAGUCCUGGCGCUGGUUGCUGGAAGUAAGCGACCUAGCUGCCAUGGAACACCGUAUUCACCGGCUGCGAACAUAAUUGAAUACCAAGAUACAAAGUUUACCCUCGAGGAUCAUAUCCAAGACCUGAGCAUCUACUCUGGUGCGCCAUCUCCGGAACUCGACCAAGCAUGGCACGAUCUAUUGAAUAGUCAGAAUGUGCGCGUUGAGCCAGAAUAUUACAAACACUACGGUCGCGAGCACAUUGGCGUUGGUGUACCUGGAAGCGACGACUACAUUGGCACACUAAACGUUUUCCAUGAACUACAUUGCAUUAAGAGAUUGCACCAAUUCAUGUAUACGGAAUAUUAUUUUCCAGAUUUUACACCGCAUCAGCUGGAAAUGAAUAGGCUACACAACGAACACUGCCUUGACUUUUUGCGACAAUCAGCCAUGUGUCAUGGCGAUGUUGGCUUGAUUACCUAUAUUUGGAGAUCCGAUAGUAUCCAACCUGUGGUUAAUGCAACCUCGCAUCAGUGCGUCAACUGGGAGAAGUUGUAUGGCUGGAGUCAGGAUCGGGCGGUCGACAUGCUCAAGCCAGGGUGGUUGGUGCAUCCCACAAAAGGUGUCGUAUAUCCAGAUGGUGAAGGCGAUCGCAUUGGUGCGAUUGAUAAAGACAUCCAUCACUAG